AUGAGAGUCAGGACCAACCUGCUUAGACAAGACGAGCGGUGCUGCCUCGCCAUCUGCCUGGCGGUCAACUGCCCUCACAACGGACUGACUGACGACACGUGGUACCCGCCGCUGAACAGAGUCAAAGAAGAUAUGAACAGCACCGCAGGUGACCGAUUCAUCGCCUACAUUAUUAGCUGUCUGUGUGGGCCACUCCAAGGCAAAGAGUUGGUCGUCAAGGUCGCCGCGCUUCUGGCGUGCCUCAAAGUCCGCGAAGCACCCGACGAACGUGACGACGGCCCGUCGGACAACAGGACUAACUUGUUGUUCGAGUUUGACAAGGCACUGAACUUUGACUUUGGAAACGUGCCUAUUGCUAUCAAAGUGCUGGAGCAGGUCUUGACAUUUUCUGCGCGGAUCUGGGAAAUCCAGGCGCCGGAAGACGCCAUUCACCCCGGGAUCUUGCCCGCAACGUUCGACCUCUGCGACGAUUCAGUGUCGAGAAAAAUGCUGUACAUGUACUGCUGCGUGAGAAUCCUGUUUCCCGAUACCCACGAGGCGACCAUGCACCGGACACGGGCCGUCUUCCAGAUGAGCUCUGCAGACGCGGCCGAGCUACUUCUCGACACGCUCAGCGACGACGAGCUGGGGUCGGGGGGCCACUCAGUGUGUGACGUGGACGAAGAUCUGUUUGACGAUGAGGGCGGUGGGCCUUACCGUUCUGACAUUUCUGACAUUGAAUCUGGCGAUGGCUCAGACCUGUCGGAGAAAGGGCGAUUAGACGACGGGUACGGCGGUGCUGAAUCCGACUUUGUGGAGGGCUCAGACGUCUCGGAUGAAAGCUAUGCGUCUGACGCUGAAGAAGAUGAUAGCGAUACAGAGUAG